UAUUUUCGGCGCGAAACUUGGUCCCGCUGCCGCCACGCAUGAAUGGGCCGGAAGCGAGACUUCCCCUUCUUCCGGAUUCGCCAAAGUGGACCGCGUUGUAUGGGCUGUGAAUUGUACUAGUCUGGGUCUGGAGGAGUUUUGCAACACGAUCACGAACUGUAAGUAGUGCUUAGAUCGCAACGCCUUGACCUUGAGCUCUCACCUCUGUCAUAUGUUCUUGUGCAUAAGCACGGCGGUGCUUAUUUGUCCUGGUGAAAAGUGAAUUGUGAAGAGCAGCGCAUUGUUACACUAACCGCUUUUCGGCAUCAGUUGUCUGUCGUUAUGCUUGGCAGCCUUUAUGACGACGUCACCAUCCACGAAUUAGCAUCCAUCACAGGUUUCCAGAACCAGACCCGGCUGGCCUUAUUGUCUUGCAUACGUGCGUCGUGCCGCCGCGAGCAAGAAGGUGAUGGCCACGUCGGCGGCUUCGCGCGUGGACAAGAAGAAGUCGAAGGCAAGCCGAACCAGCGCGGAUGGUUCCGCGAGUGGUGCAAAUGUCCCCGGCGCCCCCACGGCGCAAACCACUUCGACUUCCUCAACGACAGCUCCAACUCAGCAGCGAGAUUUGCUCGACGUGGUGUUGGAUAAUAAGCUGAUGGCGCCUUUGCAGAUGUUAUAGGUAGUCAUGUGCUCCUAGUGGUGGUCUGCUUCUACUAUUAAUCUUUCACUCGCAGAAGUUUUUUUUCAAAAGAUUUUCUGCGUUCAACAUAUCGUAUCCACGUCGGUGAGUCCUUUCGUCCUUGUUGACAAAGAAGUAGUAGCUGCCUAGUUCUACAAGAAGUGGUCUGCCUCUUCUAAAUCUUUCAUCGCACGCAGUUUGCUACGAACAUACAAAUACAUAUUUUACCGCGCUUUUUUUUUUCAGUAUUUUUACGGAGUUUUUGACCACGGAAGCGUAACGGUACAAAACGACACAAACUUCUUGGAUAUACAAUUUACUCGCACCCUUUAUUUCAUCUCAGCUCCCUCUCCAUGCUACCACGACAGGGACAGUUCGAGCGUCCACCUCUGUGCUACCACGAGAGAUACUAGAGCACUUUCAAUCAUAUCGCCCGCCUUAUCCAGGCUCGUGGUCGUACCACAAGGGAAGCCAUUCUCGUCUGUGGGUAAGAUGACCAAGAACCUCCCGACCCGUGGAGGCGUGAUCUACUUAUCUUAAUAUGAAUCGUUUUCGCCUACCCAAAGAAGUAAAGGAAACCUUAAAUCUUACCCGAGCGAGCCUUAUCCAGGCUGCCGAGAUAAAAAGUCCCAGCGCCAACAAGAACAGUUUAAAUGUUGCGCCGUGAGUCUGGUCAUCAAGCAGGAUUACUUAGGAAGAAGCAAGGCACUUAAGCGGUUCUCCUCGGUGUCAGUCACAGCCCCACCAGGAAAUCCUUGUAGUUGUAAACCGAUUUUUCACUGCUCAGUGCCUUAUCCAGGCUAGUGCCACAUGUAGAAACAACAUACUUAUGCAAUGCGAAUGUGUCUGGCUCUGGAGGGUGGCCUGGAAAGUUGCAAGAUUUGGCAUGCUUGGCGGAAAUAAGCAGUCGCAAGAAACAAGCCAUUACGCCCGUGAAGAUGCAGGGCCAUUUCUUUAUCUCGCAAAAAUUUGAUUUGUCAGCGCGGUCUUUGUCGUUACGCUAGGCGUAGUACGCCCUCAAAAAUGGCCAGCGUGCGGGCCUUCAUAUUGGAACAUGCUUGCGGUCGAGUUUUUUGAUAUUAUUUGCAACUAUCCAUAAGACCCAGACAUAUUUGCAUUCGACACAGCAGCAAGCGCGACACGACGUCGGCCUGUGGUAGACUACAAUUCUAGUCGCUGCGAGGAUGCGAAGUUGGAAUUCGCUGUGCUUGGGUAAUCCUCUGUCCGGAAAUGCGCGCCGAGAAAAAAAACAGGUACUUCAUAGAUACAGUGCUGCUGUAGGAUCGGCGUGGGUCAUUUUGUGCCGUGGAGUUGUCACUCUCACCCCUGACUUAGUUGCUGCGAUGCAUGAGAAAGUAUCGUGCGGAAAACUACAACUACGCAAAACUAUUGCAGAGCAUUGAUGUCUUCUUUUUGUCCUGCUGAUCUGCCAGGGCCAAGCAAUGCGAUCGACACAAGAAGACAAUCCAAGUGGAAGCGUUCUCACGUGCGAAGUAACACUCUCUGCGAAGUUGGCAAUGCAUGGAAGGCAUUUUUGUACUGUUGUACAGUACUAUGCCAUCUAGUUAUUCACAAAUCUGUGACUGUGAUGCACAGACGACAUACAAGGCUCGCGCGGGUCUCUCGUGCCGCAUUUAUAAAAUAGAUGAAGAAACCACGAAACAACACCUCUACAGGUAAUCAUAGCUCGCCGUGCCUCUCGACGUGCGUCUUGACUAGGACCAGCGCAAUCGACAGAAGAAGGUCAACAUUGAAGUACAGUAGAAACAUCCUUUGCGAAGUUGGCAACGACUGGAAGGUAUCUAUAAUUUUUGUCCUCUUGUUGGCUAGGUGUGGACUUUGCUAUGCAUAUGAAAUUGUCAAAAAAUAAUUUGCCUACUUACUGUGGUAUGUAAUUAUACUUAUACAGAUGAAACAAGGGACGACCAGCACACUGGGGGUUUAGUGGUGCAUAAACAAACUGAAUGAAGUCACUUUAUAUAAAACACCGUCACAGGAGGUACCGUCUCACGAUGCCUGUUUUAUUCUGCUCCUGCCACCAUCAACAGCGCAAGAAGCUUCUGGAGAACAAGUCAGGCAGGUUCAGGUAUUGUGCCGCGAGUCUGGUCAUCAAGCAGGAUGAGAAAUUAAUACGGGGCACACGACAAUUCUUAUACGCAGCUCUACAUUAGUAUUCGCAGGACUGCACGAGGAGGACUAAGAUGAAUCAGCCAGGAUAUAGUAGUGCGCGAAGUUUUGUUAUUGUUUUUGUUGGACCUGUACGACGCAACUUCUUUUAAGUUUUUCCCGGGGAAGAUCAUACAUACGGGCGGAAGUCCGCCACUUUUGUCGUUUGCUGUUCUUACACGAACGACAAGCCCCCUGUACGUUGUUCUUCGAGGAAGAUCAUCUUUUUGAUGUUCGUGUGAACUGUUGCGACUUUUCAUCUUCGGAAUGUAGACUAUGUGUUUGCCACAACUCGUAGAUCACAUGCUUCAUCGUGAGAAAUGUGACUGCAAUGUCUUGUGCCAUAAUCUUAAUUCGCAGCUCAGAUGUGGCAAUCUCAAGAUCUUGUGACGGCUAAAGUCGCGGCGAUUUUGUCCUGGAUCAAGAGCAGGUGAGGAAGGGACAGGAAGCCAGCCGGUGAUCGCGGACAUAACGCUACAGACGGCAAAAGUGUCACCUACUACUUCGCACGUUGCGGAACAAAGCGUGAUGGGCAGUCGGCACUAGCAGAGAACGAAAUGAGCAUGUGGAAAUUUCCAGAACAGCCCUCGCCGGCCAAAGUCGGUCGGAGCAAAGACCUGCGAUGAAUCUAU